AUGAUAAACUUGCUGACCCGAGUUUUUCAUACACCAGGCAACAUUGAUUUACUUCUUGGAACAGAAAUAUUUUUCAAUAUAUUAGGUAAUGAAAAAUGGAUUCUCUCAGAUCUUGCUUCCUUACACCUCACACAAUUUUGCUGGAUAGUGGCAGGUAAGUUGCCAAUUACUCAGCAAUGCAAUUCACCUACAUCAAUCAACAUGCUCUCUAGUUCGGGAUUUUCGUUUUUCACCAGUAAAGCUACUCAGCGCACAUCAGAAGAAACAGAAGCAGAAAAACAUUUUCAAUCUACAUUUAAGCGAAAUCAUGAUGGUCGAUUCUUGGUCAAAUUACCAUUGCAACAGGAUCCAAAGGUCCUGGGAAAUUCCUGUUCAAUGGCUCAAAAGCGUUUUUUCAACUUAGAAAAACUAUUAGCAAAAGACCCUUCGCUUGCAAUGCAGUGCAAGUCAUUCAUGGACGGGUAUCUAGAAUUGGAUCACAUGGAACUUGUCGAUGAGUCUACUGAUCUCCCUACAUACUACUUGCCCCACCAUGCUGUGUUUAAAACUGACAGCUCAACAACUAAGAUCCGAGUGGUGUUUGAUGGUUCAGCUGCCACUUCAUCUGGUCUGUCAUUAAAUCAAAUAUUGCUAAAAGGCCCAAAGGUUCAACCAGACAUCAUACAAAUACUGUGGCGUUUCCGUCUAUUUAAUAUAGCCAUUACCGCAGAUGUUGCAAAAAUGUACAGGCAGGUUAUGAUGUCCCCUGGUGACAGUGAAUUGCAAUGA